CCGGCGAGCGUUUGGCUCUUUCGAUGAUUUCUCUUUGUUCGUAUUACUACCUCUUCAUCUACGCCGUCGCCGUCGUUGUCGUUAUCAUUGUAAUUAUUCUAAUCGUCAUAAUCGCGAUACUCGUCAUCUUCUUCCUUUUGUCUUUCUUCCUUCUAUCUUCUUCUUUUAUUUCUUCCUUUUUCUCCUUCUCUUCUUCUUCUUCUUCUUCUUCUUCUUCUUCCUCCUCCUCCUUCUCAUCCUUCUUAUCCAUCCUCAACACCUUCUUCCCGUUCUUCACUUUUUUCUUCUUCCUCUUUUUCAUCCUCUACUUCUUCCGCUCACUUCUCUUCUCCUUCCUUUUAUUAUCCUUUCGUUUCUUUAAAAUCGCACGUCAGAAAAAAUACGUAUGCCAGUUCGCGUGUGGUCAAAUUAUUUCUAACUGAGUUGUGUAUACAUUUGUUGUUAUUAUUAUUAUUAUUAUUAUUAUUAUUAUUAUUAUAAAUUUCUUUUUCCUUCUUCUAAUUUAUUUAUCUCCAAAACUAUUACAAACUUUUCCAAGAUAUCAAGUUUUCGUUUCGAUAUCGAAAAUCCUUAUAUACUGAGAUUCAACAACGAGGAUUCACGAUUGGAUUCAGUGGUUCAAGAACAAGAAAAUAAGGGGAUACGUAUAGCAUUAAACUCGGAGACUUCAAUGAACGGUAGCAGAAUGUCGCGAUGCAUGGGACAUCCUGGCCGUCGAUGUUUCUCGAGUACGUCGAGCUGACAACGUUCCGUUUCACGAUCUCGACGAGAGAUCGCGAGCCUGAUGCGUGAAUGGGAAAUAAGAAGGAAAGGGAUUGCAUUUAGGACGAAUCUAUCGAUCGCCGAACUGGAUAUAAGAAACACUGGAUAUAAGAAAAAAUAUAUAUUUCAUCAUCGUGGAAGAAAAUAUUUGGAUAAUCAUUUGGUUUUACUUAUUAUAUUUCUUGAUUUUUGUCUCGUUUGUUUCUUCGUUUUUUUUUACGUACGUCGACAUGUAGUGAUCGCGUUCAACGAACGAUCGAGCGCAGCAAUCAAAUCGGAUUAACGUUUUACUUAUCCGUUUAUUUAUUUACAUUUCUGUUUCUUUUUUUUUCUUUGUUUUUCCCUUUUGUUCCCCUCGAUAAAAACGUAGUACACGUGUCAAUAUGAACGAUUGUUCAGUUAUGUGAGUGUUAACCGGUCCGUGGUAACGGACAUAACGAAGAAGAAGGACGGAAUCGUUUGUAACGUCCGUUUGUGUAUACGAUUAUAUAUCUUACGUUAUUUAACAAUCUCCGUGGGAAAUUAUUUCGGACGUCAGUAGUAAAACGCAGCAUGGAGGAUAUGAGCGUUACAACUGCUGCCAGUACAACUACUAGUACGAAUACGGUUAGUCCUAGCGUGAACGACAUGGAUUGGUUUGCCGGUGUUGCGGAAGAGGAAUUGCUCUAUUACACUGGUGUCGGCAACGACGUAGACUCGUUAUGGGCCGUCAUAGGGAGUUUUGUGCCGCCACCACCAAGGCCACCUUACCUUCCAGAGGAGGGCAUCGCCACCGAUGGACUUACCACCUGUGAUCUGUGCUCCUGGGCGUGGAGAAACGACAGGCAUUCAUUCUCCUUAGACGGAACUCUUGAAGCUCCCGGAGAACUAGGAUGGGUUUUGACAUUAGUGAUAGUAUCCUUAGUCUCAGCAGGCAUUGGUGCGGUCGUUAUGGUAACACUUCUGCAUUGUCGCAGAAUAAAAAGUGCGAAUGGCAGAGCGAACUGUUGCGGUGUUGGUGUAGAAGAUCCUAACUCUCAGGAAGCUGGCUCAAAUGGUGGAGGGGGUGGGAAUGGUGGUGGGGUAGCCGUUAUACCGGAUCGAGCUUCUUUAGAACUUGAUAAGCUACCCCCUUAUCACGACGUUGCUCCUAGUCCCGGACACAACGUCUGGUCGUGGCUCGGUUCAAGACGAGGAGGUGGUACAACGGGUGUCGUCACCACGCCCUUGUCUCUUCCUCAACAUAGGAGAGCAAUGAACUUACCGGUUGAGAAUCAUUAUACCCAUAUGCAAACGGACGAGGCACUAUACGCCGAACUUGACUCUCAGGCGGCGAGCUACGCGAGCGAUCUUCAGUUGCAAAUGAGAGGAAGUUCGACGUACGGCACAACUUCCGCCGGUCAAGACGACGAGUAUCACGAACUGGACGCGGCGAGAUUGCAUCGCCAUUAUGGAGCUGGAAACGGAGAUGAAACUUUGCAAAGGGAGACCCUUCGAACACGACACAGCAAAAGGCUACAAGAACCCGAUUACGAGAUGUACGAAAACGGACCACCAACACCGGUACCAUCGAAUCAAUUACAACACCAUCAUCACCAUCACCAUCAUCAUAACAAUCAUCAUCACCAUCAUCAAGACCUAAGAAUGGCCAAUAGAAAUGGCGAACGACCGUCGUAUCAAAACACAGCAUACACCGGAAGUGACGCUGAACCGGAUGGACCAACAUUGAGUAGCGCUCCGAGUAGUGCCUAUUACAGUGAUCUAAGCUCGAAUUCUACGAAUCAACAGAUGUCCUCGACUGUGACGUCAUCGGCACCUACAACAACCCAAACGAAUCUUCAUCUUAAUCCGCAAAACUUGGAAACGCCGCAAUAUAGAUUGGCGGCGAUAAACGAGAGUACGGUGCCCUCGGAUUAUAUUUAAAAAAAAAAAUAAUAAAAAGGAAUAAAAACGAAAAAUAUAUAAGACAAGAAAAAGAGAAGAAAAAAAGAAAGUUCUUGAAAAGUUACAAAGUGUUUUCAACCGACGAAUGUAUUAUAAUGUCGCAGCAUAUAAUAACUCUUACUAUCUAGUGAUUUCGUUUUUAAUGAAAAUAACUUUCGUACGAGCUAUCACGAAACCCAGGAAAUCUUUUCGCGUUCAUCGAAAUUUGCAACAUGAUAUAUGUACAUGUAUGUAUUUUCGUAUUUCGAUCGAUCCUCCACGUCUCUUCAACUUAUGACAUAAAGUUGGAUUUUUUUUUUAUUAAUCAAGAAAGAGAGAUAUGGACUUUUGUGAAAUGCAUCGCCUAAGAUAGGAAAAAGAAAAAAAAAACACAGAGAAAGAGAGAAGGGGUGAGAAAUCGGUUCCGGUUAUAAUCGAUUACCUCCGCAAUGUUCAUUUUUGAUUCUAAUCGUAUUUUAUAUCGCAUUAAGGACAAUAAAGUUCUAUGUCUCGGCCUAUCGUUUCGAGAUCGCGUCACUGAUCGAUUUGAUGCGGUUCGUGUGUUUCUCACCUAAGCGGCCUAAGAGAAGAUUAAAUUACUAUCGAAAUAAAAAGAAGAUAAAGGUCUUUAUCGAUAUCCACACGGCUGCAUGGUACUCGAUGAUUCGAAAACAAUUUGGAUAAGAUUAAGAAAAAAAAUAUAUAGAAAGUAUAACAUUCUUUACGGGGAAACGAAAGAACAAAUUUUUCUUUUUUUCUUUUUUUUCCCUCAAGAGUAAUCUCUUCCUCAAUAAUCCCAAAUCUUUCACGCCAAUCAAUUUAAACAUAACGAAUCGUUCGAAGAACAGUUCAAAAGUUUCGAACGAUAGUAUUUUCGAUCGAGUGGAACGUUCCGUUAUACAAAAAAAAAAAAAAGAAGAAAAAGAAACGAGGAUAUUGCACGCAAUAUCUUUACGUCGAUUCUUUUAACGAAAUCCAAAAAGAACGAAGAGAAAUCAUACAAAAAUCUUAAAAUCAGGAAAAAGAACUCGGGUGAAAAUGAAAUAUGGGUGAGAAUGAAAAAGAAAAAAAACACACAUACACCACGAACGAAGAAACAGAAAAAAAGAAUAUAUAAAAGGGAAAAAAAACGAGAAUUUCAAAACUCGAACAAUGCGGAGGAUGGGGCAUACAAAACGAACGGAAUGAAGUCGUCGUUGCGAAGAACAGGUAUUUCGUAAUUUGACGUUCGGGGAAGCUUCCAGUGAAUGCCCUUAGGCUACGUCCGCAUCGCUUUUACGUUUAAACGGGCCGACACACGCAGGCUCCCUCCUCAAUCGCGUAUCUACACAUACAUAUACAUACAUGUGUAUGUAUUCCUAUCUAUAUAAUACAACUAUAUAUACACCUUCGUGUCAGCCCUUUAUCCGUACGCAAAUGAUGUCUCGUUUUCGCUUGUACGUCUAUACACAUAUUCUACGUAUAUACAAACACAUGCAUACAUAUGUAGAUACGUGUAUACCUAUAUACACGCACAUAGAUACAUCUUGCCAAAUUGCGUCGUCAAAUUGCGAAAUUGCACACUUCCACGAAAGUGCAAAUAACUUCUUCGCGGGCGAGUUUAACAUUAGCAUGUUGUACUUUCUUUGAACUUCCUUCGUCACGAAGAAAGAUAGAAAGAAAGCAAGAGGGAAAAAGAAGAAUUAUCUACUUUUCGUUCGUCAACGCGAUCGCGAUAAAGAUAAACGAACGAAAGACGCCGAACGUUCAAACUAAACUCUAAAGUACCUACAAGAUCAUGUUAACGAUUAGAUCGUCGAUCUUUUAAAUCGAGCUACCUUUGAGAAACGUGCGAUAGCGAUUCGAUCGUUUGUCUUCAACUCGUUCGAUCGACUAGUGGACUAAUUAAUUUCACCACGGCCGGAUUCGACGAAGAGUCGUUUAAUCGUCGCCUCCUUCCCUCCCUCCUCUCGACUCAUUUCCGUUCACGUUAAUUACGCGCUCCGGUAGACCCGAUUGUUUUCGUUCGACACGCGACGCUGCCGCAAGAAGAAAUUGUCGAUUUGCCUUGGUUUUCGCCUCUUUCUCUUCGACCGAUACACAUUGCUGCGAGAAUGAAAGAGAAAGAGAGAAAGAGAGAAAAAAAGAACUUUUCUACUCUUUGCGGUAGGUACGAGAGUGAGUAAGAGAGUGAGAAAGAGAGAGAGAGAGAGAAAGAUUUGUUACCGGAUAUACUGGAUACUAUACACGUUCAUUAUCGUUAUUAGUGGUAAUGAGAACGUCGAUUUACGAGAGGAAAUAUGUUUCGUAACUAUAAUUUAUUUCUCGUAGCUUAUAGGAUGCUUUUAUUGCCAUAAAAUUUUCCCUCGAUAUUUCUUAUUAAAUCGUAUCAAAUUAACGUGAUUUCAUUUGACGUAGGUAGGUACGAAUGAUUUUUCCGAUUAUAUUUGCAUUUAGUAAAGUUAUUAUUUUUCGACGAAAUUGUAUUGUAAUUUUAUUUAUAUCGUGUAUCGUCGUAUUCGCCGUAUCGUUAUUAUUUCAUCGAUACGAGAUAACUCGAGGAAUAAUAACGAAUGAUUUGAAAUGGUAUUAAAUGUAAUAUUAACGAUGUAACCGAAUGAAAAUGUAUUUUUGUGUAUUUGUGAAUAGUUAAAUUUCAAAGGGUGCGAGAGUAUCUCGACACGUCCCUGUGAACGGGGUCGUGCGUUAAAAGUCAAAAGGAGUUUCUCACACGUAUACCAAGAUCAGGUAGACAUGUGUGCGAAGAAAGAUAUGCUACACAAGAGGAUGCAACAAUGCGAUACCUUGAGGGCACGCAAUAAUUAAUUGCGCCCUUGCGGUCACAAUGGCGGGCGUGCGGGUAGAAAAAUAUGAGAGUAGUAAUAGUAGUUAUGUAGUAGUGUAGUAAUGUAGUAGUAGUAGUAUAGUAGUAUAGUAGUAGUGUAGUAAGAAGAGGAGGAGGAGAAGGGCGUAAGAGGGAAAGAGAGAAAGAAAGUCGGUGCCUCGUCGCAUUAUUUUACGGAAAAAAGAAAAGAAAAAAUUCAACGUAGUCGCGCCUCGAAGGCCGCGCCAUCUUAACGUCGGCAUUAACUUUAAGCGUUAUCGUGGCCGUGUUAUACGUGAACGGGAACGUAUUAUGGAAUUCGCUUGCAACCGUGCUUAAUUAAGGUCCACCUAACAGUGAAAGAAAGAAAGAGAGAGAACAGAGAAAAAAAAAGAGAAAGAAAGAGACAAAGACACGGAAUACCUUCCGCGUUUGGUUAAAUUCGCGCGGAAUACCAUCGCGCCGACUUUUAUUUUACCAUUUCCUUUCGGAUAAUUUUGCAAUCGAACGAAUAGCGUGAAAAUAAACGACAAAUUCUUUCUCUCUCUCUUUCUCUCUCUUUCUAAAAGUACAAAAUCAAUCGCAAACGAUUUGUGCUAUUCAUUCGUUUCGUUGUCUUCGAAAUUACAACAAUUUCAAUUAGGGAUCAGAAUAAAAGUAUAGAAAGGCGAGAGAGAAGAGGACCGAAUCGAUCGAUCGUAGGAAUCGUAAAGUAAUCGUUAAUCCAACGAAAAUUCGACGAAAUUUUUUUCGGAUUCACGCGUGCGAAACUUUAAACGUGUUCUGUUAAUAAUAAUAGCCACGUAAACGUCGGUGAAACGUCCACGAAUGAUCGUAACCGAGGACGGCCCUGUAACCGCCCUUCUCUUCGGCUUUACCUCGGCCCUCGAUCUCCUCCUCCUCGUCCUACGACGUGUGCGCGCGCGCCCUUUCGUGCUGCGGGAUAUAUAAAUUAUACAUGUAAAUAUACGGGCGGCCUCAGAGCCCGUCGUGGAGAUCGAAUCGUGAGAUAUCGCGAGACGCGCUCGUGUGUGCCCGGCCACGCACACACCAUUAUCAUCAUCCCCCUACCCCUUCACCUUCUCUUCUUCCUCCUCUUCCUCUUCCUCCUCUCCUCUUCUCUUUCUUCUCCUCUUCAGCACCUUACGCAUUACCCAACACGCACGAUAUAUGCUGGACGCACCUAUAGCAAAUACCUUUGUCGUUCUCGCUAAUACCACCCCCUUUCCCUUUCGCCCCUCCUCUUUUCUUAAAACCUCACCCCACCCCCGCCGAACUCUCUCUCUCUCUCUCUCUCUUCCAACCACACCAAAUCACCCUUAUAAUCCUUUCGCGCAUACCGAGUCUUUCUCUACGAUCUGCAUUUUUCGGAUCGUUAACGUAAUCCUCGAAGCCGCGAUUCGAUUCGACUCGAGAUAAUUCACCAAAUAGGUAUGCGUCCGAAAGCUGUUUGCUUUUAUCCAAUCGUCUAUUUAUCUCUUUCCUCUUUCUUUUUUUUUCUUUUCUUUUUUCUUUCUGUUCUUCCUUUUUUUCAUUCUUCCCUUUGUCUUUUUCUUUUUCUUUUUUUUUCUUAUUCCGAGCUCUUCUUUUUCAUUUUUCUUACGAUGAUAUUUCCGAUUGCGACCUUCCAACGGACUUUUAAAUCCUUUUUCGUAUUUCAUCCUCGAUUUUCGAGAUACCUCGAUCGAUCUUUCGUGAUACCAGAGAAUCGUUUAUAUUUCUUCUCCAAGUAAUUAUGUAGAGUCGUUGAAAUCAAUAUUUUUAGCAACUUUUUUUUUUAAAUAUAUGUAAACGUAUAUAUCGGUCUUAAUUCAUGAUAUUUAUGAAAAUAAUUUUGCACAUUUUAACUUUCAUAUGCUGUUUAAAUUUGGUAACAUUUGUCUUUUGUUGCAUCGAUCUUAGUUUAUGAGAUAUUUAUGAAAAUAAUUUUUGGAUAUUUUAAUUUCAAUUUCAAAUGAAUAGAUUAAUUUCGAAAUUUUAUGGCAUUUUAUUACAUUACGUUUGGAUUCAACGGAUAUGAUUAUAUUAUAAUCUCACGUUUUAAUUUGCUAACACAAAGAGAUGAAAAAGAAACGCGAUUUGCUUUAUCUUCAACUGGUAAAAAAUGUACAAAAUAAUGAUCUAUCGUUAUUGAAAAAUUAUUGAUUUGCGUUUAACUUUUACUUAACGUUUAUUACUUCAGUUAAUUAUUAGCCUAUCGCAAUAUUGAAUUGACCCAAAUCAAUUCAAAUUUAACAUAAACUAAUUGAAAUUAAACCGAUAUUGAUUUAAUCGUGAUUUUAAUUCUACGUUACUAUUUUGACUUAAAUAUGAAUUGGGUCUGAAUUGCGUUUGAUUAAAAUAAAAAAAAAUAUUUUCAGGAAUAUUUCGAAAACUAAAACCGAAUUGUACGAUUAUAUUUAUCGAGAAAAGAUUGUUUAAAAUCAUGAAUCCAAAAACAUACUGAAAAAUUAUCAGGAUCGAUGAGAUAAACGUAUUUCUAUAUAAUUAUUCAUUUUUUUAUAAAUAGAUGUUUAUAGAUAGAUAUAUUUGUUAUAUAAUUCUUUAAUAUGUGUGUAUGUAUGUGUAUAGAUAGAAAUAAAAAAAUAAAUGUCGCGUCGUAAUCAUGCGUAUCGUACAUCAAUCUAUUAUUUUUUGAUUUCGAAUUCGUUAUUGAUAUCGUUCAAAUUUCAAAAGAUGUUACGUAAAAACUAUUUAAAAAUUAAAAUACAAAUUGAAUUGGUCAUUAUGAAAAUGAAAGUUAAUCUUAACGGUGCUGUAUCAAUUUUCGAAUUCUUUUAUUAAAAGUCUGUUAGAACAAAGUAUGAGAGAGAAAGAGAUACAACACGCUUGUCAUUUAUCUCUCUCUCUCUCUCUCUCUCUCUCUCUCUCUCUCUCUCUGUCUCUCUCUCUCUCUCUCUCUCUUUCUCCAUUUCUUAUUAUCUACGACUUUAUAAUAAAAGACAAAAUUCUAAUAUGAUUAUAAGUAACUCGUAUUACGAUUACUCGAGUCAAUGAGCUUUUCUCGACGCGGAAUGACGCAAAAUUCAAAUUAAUAGAAAGUUUAUGAAUUUGUUGUAAGCGACACUAAUCAUUCUAAUUGAGAUGUAAAUAUUAUUAUUUUUAAUAAUAAUUGUACAGAGAUAUUUUCUGUAACGUUUGAAUAUUGUAAAUAAGUUAUGCGUGUGUAUGAAGAGAAUCUGCAUAGAGAGAAUCGUAUUGAUCAUGAUUAUGAAUGCGAAUGAAUUUCGCUCUUUAUAGAAAAGUCAAUUAUCAUGUUGAUGUAAUACAUCGUGCUUUUAUGUAUAAAAAAAAAAGAAAAAAGCAAAAAAAUAUAAUUAAAAAAAAAGAAAAGGAAAUAUGAAAAGAAAUAUGUACAACCAUUAAAGCAUUAUUUUUCUCUCAAAUCUGAUAAACGAUUAUUAUCGAUAGAGAACAUAUCAAUAUAUUGAUUCCCGUAUUGAUGUUACCUUCUGAUUGUAUUUUGACUUAUCCAAUUAUUAACAUUUCAAUCCUGUAACCGAAUUACUGGAAUUGUCAAUAUAUAAAUAUCACUUCUCCGAAUAUGUUAACAAUAAUAUGGAAAUAAAUGUGAUUACAAUGAUAAAACAUA